AUGAGCGUUUGUGGAUCGGACGGUACAACAUACGACAGCAUGUGUCAACUUAUUCAGUUCGCCUGUAAACACCAACUCGAUUUAGUGGCGGUCUCGCUUGGAAUUUGCUCGGACGACCGGAAGUCGAAUCUUAAUUUGGAGAUGGAAGAAGAUCGUGUUUAUGGAAUCAACAAGCAUGGUCUCCAUUUACACAUGAACAUAACUCUUACGGACUGGGCGUCAGCCAUGGAACUGAAAAGAUCUUGCCUUUUUUAUAAUCGAAGAGUUGAGCACCUAAGACGAAAGUCGACGAUGCACUCUGCACCACUAAACCUUCGUCGAUUCCAAGGUUCGGGUGGAGUUUUCAAACGGGAAGGUCCUAAAGUCGGCAAUGGACGAAUCACAUUGACACCGCGCUCUUCAAAUGGCGUGAUCUUGUUCGCUCGAGGCGACCGCAAUAUCUUCACACUGCGAAUGGAAAUGCGCCGUUUAGUGGCAGAGUAA